AUGCCUAGCGAAAAACCUCUUCACACUGACGUGGAAUCUCUCGGUGAAAGUACUGAGAAGGAGACGGAACGUUCUUCUCAUGUCCUUGUGGAGACUCGCUCUCGCGGUAAUGCAGCGCAGGACCGCGGUUCCAGUUACUACUCCCCACGGGUCAACAUUGGGGCCAAGAUACCGGGCGAGUUCAGGACGUUGAGUAUCCAUGUUGAGGAGACAAAAGAAGGUCGAACGGACGCCAACGCAAAACCGCAAGUUCACACGUUUCCCCCAGAAAUCGCGGACUUGGACUGGCACGAACUUGAAACCCUUGAGGUUCUCACUCGUCUCGGAGUAUCAGAGAAAUCUGGAUUAGAUUGGCCCAUGGUUUCUAGGCGUCUGGCGAAGAACGGAAAGAAUGUUAUCACUCCUCCGCCGAAGAAUCUACCAAAGCGUAUAUUUUUCUAUAUAUUUGGAGGUUUCGGUGGUUUGUUAUGCGUGGCGUCUAUCGUCUGCUUCCUCUCUUGGGAAACGAAGUUAACAGCUUUCCGUAGGAGGCCCAUCGGCGACCCGCAACCAUCCACCGCCAAUUUGGCCCUCGCGGUGGUGCUUCUGGCAGUUAUUGUGAUGCAGGCCAUCUUCAAUGCCUGGCAAGCGGCUAUGUUGCCCAUGAAUGUUUUGGUCUCUCGGGAUGGGAACGUUCUGGAAGUCCCUGCGCCUGAACUUGUUCUCGGAGACAUCGUUCAUAUCAACAUGGGGUGCAAAGUCCCUGCGGAUCUACGGCUCCUCGAGGUAUCCUCCGAUCUCAAAUUCGACAGGUCCAUUUUGACUGGCGAGAGUAACGCUAUUCCCGCCACCGUUGAAAACACUAAUCCUAACUGUAAGCUCCAGCCUCAACCGCCAUCGAUGCGGAAGCUGAUGGGUUUUGUUGGUACGCUUUGUGUUGGUGGAGAUGGACUGGGCGUUUGCGUGUGCCUUGGCGACAACACGGUUUUCGGACGGAUUGCGAAACAAGCAGCAUCAGAGCGUCCUGGGCAAACUUCACUGGAGUCUGAGAUCCGCCGCAUUGUGUUGAUCAUAUGUAGCAUGGCCCUUACAAUCGACGUUAUCUUCGUUAAUUUGGUUUCUGUCGCCGUUGCCUUUAUACCGGAGGGCCUUCCCGUUUGCGUUACGCUUUCUCUGACGGUGAUGGCCCGUGCCAUGCGGAAAGCCAACAUUCUGUGCAAGUCUCUCAGCACGGUCGAGAGUUUGGGAUGCGUUGAUUUCAUUGCUUCGGACAAGACGGGUACUUUGACUCAGAACAAAAUGACUGUGGUUAAUGUCGCUAUCGGAGAUAAGCUUUUGACGGUCUCAGAAGCAAGAACGGCUGCAGCCAAUGAUGGAUCUCUCGGGGAGUGUAUCAAGCUUUUGGUUGCAACCGCGGGACUUUGUAACGACGCGCAUUUCGACAAGCCAGAUGGGGACUUGCCUGUGGAGCUUCGGAAGGUUCACGGAGAUGCUACGGACACCGGUCUACUUCGGUUUUCAGAGAGCUUCGAUCCUGUUGAAAGCAGCCGAGCAGCAUGGAUAGAGCGUGCGAAGCUUGCCUUCAAUUCUAAGAACAAGUUUGCCAUGAAACUACUACAAGUGCUUCCCCAAGAGAAACCGACUACCUCUGAUGACUUUGAUGUGUCAUCGGAUUACGUUCUAUUGGUCAAAGGAGCUCCUGAGAUAGUAUCACGUCGGUGUAGCCACAUCAUGAAUUCGAAGGCAUCGAUUGUGCCAAUGGACGAGACCAUCACAGACCGUUUGUCGGCGAUACAAGAGCAAUUCGCAUCGAGUGGCCAACGCGUUCUGCUCAUGGCCAAGAAGGUCAUCCGCGGCGACGAACUUCCAACAGACUUUUUCGUCGAAUCUGGUUCUUUUCCAAUGGAAGAUCGUAUGCUUGGUCUCAACUUCGACUUGACAGUAGUUGGCUUGGUGGCUUUGAUAGACCCACCGAAAGACGAUGUUAAGCGCACCGUCGCCACGGCACGUCGAGCAGGAAUUCGGUUUGCAAUGGUUACAGGCGAUUUCUCCUCUACUGCUGCCGCCAUCGCUCAGCAGGUGGGAAUCAUCACGACGCCAAUGAGCGAAGUGAAGUAUGUUAAAGACCUUCCGCCUGACGCCUCUUUAGAGUCGGUGGCUGGGUACGAGCCCGAUAUUGAGAGUCGCUUGGUCCCGGAUAUGCGAAGUCUUGUCCUAAGCGGUUCUGACCUCAUCGGCAUGACUGAGUCGCAAUGGAAACAGGCACUCGCCUUUGACGAGAUCGUUUUCGCCCGAACAACUCCUCAGCAGAAACUGCAAAUCGUGAAGAAAUUGCAAGUGGGGGGAUGUACUGUUGCGGUGACAGGUGAUGGAGGUAAUGCUUAUCGAUUUUUUGACUUGUGUGAAUGA